AUGAAAUAGGUAAUACAAAAAUAAAAAAAUGAUAUGGCGCACUUUUAUCUAAAAUUUCGCGACGAACUCCUACUGAGGCGGCCGCUUAGAUUUGAAAUUCAUGAAAAUGGCGGCAUUUCUCCCUCCUCAUCCCCCUCUAUUUCACCACAACUCCAUUCUUCCACCAAUGGAUUCUCCGGCAUUUACUAUCCCCUCCUUCCUUUCCCUUCUCCGGCUAACUUCGCAACUUCCACAUUCUCCCUCCUCCCCUUCGGAAUCAGAUUAUUCCCGUCUCCCAUGGACUCGUCGGAGUACUACAAACCAUCCUUCCCAACCUCCAAGAAACGCGACUCGGAGGAACACUCUUUGCAGCAGGCUACUGCCAAUAAGAGACCCGUGCUUGGCGAGAUCACUAACUCGUUCAUCUUCAGUUCGAGUCAGUGCUCCUUUUCUGACCAGGAGAUGGCGGAUAAGGAUCUGGACAAGGAGGAACUUCCUGAAGUACGGUCUGUUGAUUGUCCCGAGAAAUCUGGCUCGUCGUUGGGCAUUUAUAACCACCUUCGAUCUCUCGAGAUGGAAUUAAACAUGAAGUUCCUACCCAACAACAUAGAAAAGGCUCGUAAUGAUGAUUCCUGUUCAACUUUCACUCGUUGGCGAGAAAUUCUAGUGGAUUGGUUAGUAGAGGUUGCUGAGGAAUACAAGCUUGUAUCAGACACCCUAUAUCUCACCAUAUCACAUGUUGACAGAUACUUAUCCUGGCAUGUUGUUGACAAAAGCAAGCUACAACUUAUUGGUGUUUGUUGCAUGCUAAUUGCAUCGAAGCAUGAAGAGAUCAGUCCUCCACAUGUUGAAGAUUUCUGUUAUAUAACAGAUAACACUUAUACCAAAGAACAGGUACUGAAUAUGGAGAGAGAAGUACACAGAUUCUUGGCAUGUGAAGGUGCUCCCACCGUAAAAGUUUUCCUCAGAAUAUUUACGAAAGUUUCUUUAGAAAAUUGGAAGCAGGCUCCAGAUUUGCAAUUUGAGUUGUUGUGUUGUUAUCUUGCGGAGCUAAGUUUGUUAGAUCACCGUUGUGCACAAAUAUUACCUUCAAAAGUCGCUGCAUCAGCCAUUUUUCUUUCUAGAUUCACAAUCCAACCAGAGGAACAUCCUUGGUGUUUAGCACUACAACGUUACUCCGGUUACAGGGCAUCUGAACUAAAGGAAUGCAUUCUUGCCAUUCAUGACUUGCAAUUAAAUAGAAAAGGAAGCUCUUUACUAGCAAUCAGAGAGAAGUACAAGGAGAACAAGUUCAAGUGUGUGGCAGAGUUAUGUUCACCCUCGGAAAUUCCCGCAGAUUAUUUUGAGGACAUUGAUCAGCAAUCAUUCAACAGGUUCUUAAGAACUUAAUUCUUUGAUGCCUUGAAGCUUACUCUCUUCCUCUUCUCUUAGCUAGCAUGACAUGCACAGUAACCAUGCACAAAUAAUUAGAACUAGGUACUUUGUUAGAUAGAAUCAUAGAAGUAAUUUUUUAUUUUGGUUAUCUUUUUCUCCUCAUUGUAGCCAAUUAUUUUGGUUCUCUUUUUCUCCUCAUUGUAGCCAAUUAUUUUGGUUCUCUUUUUCUCCUCAUUUGUAGCCUUUUCUCUUCGUUGUAAGAAUCCAAUUGAAUCAUAAUGAAGGUUUGGGAUUCUUUCCAUGAAA